UUUGCUCAGAUUUCAGAUGAAGCAUGGAGGACGUGCGCGUGUGUGGUGUCGUUUACCGUCGCAGCUCGUGUCAGUAGCCUAAUCUGAAGGGGGAAAAAAAGAAUCGAUGAGUUAUCUGAUUGAACGAUUCUGGAUUAAUUCUAGAUCAAAAAAAGUCAAAUAAAAUAACCUCGGGGCGCGUUAUUUUGGAUAAUCUGCAUCGCUUGCAUCCGAUCGAGCGGCUGCGCCUCGUCGGGAGCGCACACGGUCCCCGGUAGAAAUCACAUCACCUCCUUCUACCUGCGGGGCGUUUUUUUCCCUGUUUGUGCACGUUUGCAAAAGAAAAAAAAAAAAGACAGAAAAGAAAAAUUACCCUCCCAAAAAAAUUGGGCGAGUGUUUUGUCAGAACUCGAUGUGGUUUUGCAAUCGAGGUCACAAACUGGCGCUGAAAUUUGCGAUGCUCCCUCAUCCAACAGCAAUGAUGCUGCGGCGGGAGAGCAGUGAAACAGCCUAGAGAGGUGAUGGACGAUGACCUGUCCACAAGGUACGAGACAGCGGCGCUCCUGGUCCUGAAUGCAGCGGAGAGAGACACCUAACCGGGUGUCACCGUCAGCCCUGGAUGCUGCGCCGAAGGAUGGCAUACGCCGACCCGUCGUCGGGGAAAGACAUCCUCGGCAAUAGGUCGCUUUGUUUCAUAUUCAUUUGCGCAUUCGGACUCGUCACGCUAUUGCAACAGAUUCUGUAUGGGAAAAACUACAUCAAGAGUGCGCAACAGUUUAGCCGACUCAAAGGGGACGAGACAGGAAAUUGGACCGGUCCCGUUAAUUUCUCGGAUGACGGAUCUCUGAAGCCUGCCAGAAAUGGAAGGAAAAGAUGUUUCCGUCAGAAUUUUCAGCCAGAUUCACAGAUCUCCGUAAUAGUCACACCCUGCCUAGCCGAUAUUAAGAAGAAAAAAAAACGCCCUCAAAGGUAUCUGGAAAACUAUGAUGGCUCCUUUGAAUACAACUCCACUGCAUGCAGGGAGCUCAGACAGGAGAUCAUGGACGUCAAAGUCCUGACAAUAGACAUGGUUAAUCGGAAAAAACAUGGCCAAGGGUAUCCUUCCUCAUACCACAAGUCUCUCUGCCUGUCUGCCAGGGUGAAAACCUCAGAGCUGUUUGAGAGGUGGCGAAACCUGCAAGUGUGCAGAUGGGAGCAGAACAAGGAAGAGACCAGCAACUUCAAGAUGUCUCUGUCUCGAUGCUGUAACGCUCCCUCCUUUCUGUUCACCACCAAGAGGAACACUCCCGCAGGGACCAAGCUGAGGUACGAGGUGGACACCAGCGGGAUCCUUCCCAUCACCACCGAAGUCUUCAAAAUGUUCCCAGAUGACAUGCCAUAUUCCAAAUCACAGUACAAGAAAUGUGCUGUCAUUGGAAAUGGCGGCAUCAUCAAGAACAGCAAAUGUGGAAAGGAAAUUGACUCGGCAGAUUUUGUGUUUAGGUGCAACAUACCACCCAUUAAUGACAAGUACAUGGCUGACGUCGGCACAAAAACUGAUCUGGUGACAAUAAAUCCAAGCAUUAUUACCGAGAGAUUUCAGAAGCUGGAGAAAUGGCGGCGACCGUUCUACGAAGUCCUCCAGAACUACGAGAACUCGUCGGUGGUGCUCCCCGCUUUCUACAACACCCGCAACACGGACGUGUCUUUCAGAGUCAAGUACAUGCUGGACGACUUCGACUCCCAGCGAGGCGUGUUCUUCUUCCACCCGCAGUACCUCCUCAACGUGCAGCGUUUCUGGGCGGUGCAGGGCGUCCGCGCCAAGCGGCUCAGCAGCGGCCUGAUGCUCGUGACUGCCGCGAUGGAGAUGUGCGAGGAGGUCCACCUCUACGGUUUCUGGGCGUUUCCCAUGAACCCCUCCGGCAUCUUCAUUACUCACCACUACUACGACAACGUCAAGCCUCGGCCGGGCUUUCACGCGAUGCCCCAUGAGAUCUUCAACUUCAUCCACAUGCACACCCGCGGGAUCCUUCACGUACACACGGGGCAGUGCACGUGAUCCCUCACUCCUCUGCUUUUACAUUUUCUAGUUUGUUUACUCUGAAUCACGUUUCGCGUGCUGUGUUUUAUUUCGGUCGAUGAGGCAGUUCACUAUUUCCUCCCUAUCUGAAAAAGACAGUUGGCCUUCAGAGCGUACGAUUCUUUACUCUCGCUCGUUCAGCGACACGUCGAGGGGGGUUGCCCGCUUUCAUCGCCGACACCCUUUUCUUUGUGGCGCGUACCUUACGUUGUUCAUUCAGCCAGUCGAAUCGCUAUGGUUAUCGCCGCCUCACGAAACCAUAGGACGCUUGUUUUUAAUGUGAAAAGUGGUCUUCAUAGUGAUGUUGUUUCUGUGGAGUUUUUCUAGUGGCUCAGCUGUACAGAGGUGUUGUUUUCUACUCAACGUUGCACAGAUACUUGCGCUGUCAUGGGCCGCGGCGUGGGCGUCUUUUCUGCCCACUCAACCCCCCCCCGACACCUCUCCUCUGUCUUUAUCUUGGACUCUCUGUGGGUGUGGCAGCUUUUAACGUUUCUCUAAAACGAAAUCCCGGACCUUGGCAUUAUGCUAAUAUUUAAAAAGGACAAAAUUGUAACAUCCAGUUGUUUACUUUUGUAAUCUGUUUCUUAUUCACCAGAUUCACCGGGUGAAUAUUUACAAAAAAGACGCUAUUAAGAUGGCCUGUUUUCACGGGCCGACCUUCUCCCCAUUUGGAAAUUUCUCUGGCGAAAUAAAAAGGUCGUGCGAGAGGAGCAGCGAGGGGGGAAGGUUUUGGAUGAAAGCCAGACAAAUAUUUUACGACUGCGCUUCAGAAAAAAAAACAAACAAACAAAAAAAAAACCUCAAGGCCGAUGUUCAAUUUGUAAAGCACCGCAGCUCCGUCGAGCGAUCCAGCCUCUCGCUGUCAUUCAUGUCUUAAGCCAUGCUGCCUUAUGAGAUAUCAAACCCCCUGUAAACGAUAUGCAAUGCACCCAUGUGUUUUUGCUUAUCCCCCCCCCAAAAAUACAUUAAAGUCUUCGUUCGUUUCUUGAAUGUCUCGUUUAAAUCGAAAGGACAUUUAAGACUCUGUGGGGUGUAGACAUUCAUGUGCAGUUCUCAGCUUAUAUUCUAAUGGAACCAGUGAAGAUUUACUCCUCAGUAAACUUCAUUCAUAAUCAUGUAAUGCUCUGCAUGACUUUACUCUAUACUUGGCUUUGUGUGUGCCUGCUUCAAUGAUCACUGAACUAUGUUUACACUUAAGCCUCGACUGAAGUUCACGGUGCGUCUGGAGAUGUGUACAUGAAAAAAUGAGUGCAUUGGUGGAAGCUAAUUGUAUAAUAGUGGAUGCAGUUCUCAUAGAUUAAAGAAUGACGAUAGUUGCUGCCCUUUUUAUGAAGUGCCACGACACUUCUGUUACACUGUAUUAUUUCACAUCGCCCCCCUUGAACUGUGAACGGCCAGUCGGCAUUCAAGCACUGGAAGGCUGAUUUUUACUGUUUUGUUGUACAUUGCAAAAAGGUUUUCAGAGACUGUAAAUGAAUAUUCUGUCACUCUUCUGUUCAUGCUUGGCUGUCCUUUCUAUGCCAAGGACAUCAUUGCUACUGAGGUUAAAAAAAACUCAAAACAAAACAAAAAAAACAACACGCGCUGAACAUUUUCUUUCAUCAUUUGACUCUACAGAUAUGAGUUCAAGAAAUAUGAACACCAAAAAUCUUUUGGCUUGACCUCUAAAUUGUUGUACAGACACACCCUUGAAUCAAGAAUGGGAAAGGAAAGGGAACCUGUCUGUGUCCUGAACGGAGGUAAUAUAUAACACAGUGCUUCUUAACUGACUCUUGAUCAUUCUUUAUACUGGUAUUGUGUUUGUAAAUAAACCUGUUUGGAUUUUCUCACUU